AUGACCCGCUGUUGACAAUAUCCGGUCAAAGCAAAUGAAAAUAUAAACAAUUUAGCGUGCGCCUGUGUGUGUUACUGUAUUACUGAAAUACUUUUCGCGUCAGAGGCGUGGCCUCUCUGAGUCUGCGCAGUAGUGUCUUCGUCCACUAGGGCGAUCGGUCGGCUUUCGGCAGCAGUCUAGCGAAGUCACGUAGCCGUGGUUCUGCGUGUGUUGCGGCGAUAAUUUAGCACGAUGGCCAGGUACCUGCGGCCCCCGAACACGUCACUGUUCAUCAGGAACAUCUCGGACGACUCCAGGCCUGAGGAUUUGCGCCGUGAGUUCGGCCGUUAUGGGCCAAUAGUAGAUGUCUACAUUCCGGUUGACUUCUAUACACGCCGACCAAGAGGAUUUGCAUACAUUCAGUUCGAGGACGUGCGGGACGCAGAGGACGCACUUCACAACCUGGACAGAAAGUGGGUCUGUGGCCGCCAGAUUGAAAUUCAGUUCGCACAGGGAGACCGCAAAACACCCAAUCAGAUGAAAUCUAAGGAGAGGCGGAGUUUCUCCCGGUAUGACGACUAUGAGCGCGACGGCCGGCGGAGGCGCUCCCGAAGCCGCAGUUACGAUAGGCGCCGCUCUCGCAGCCUGUCCUAUGAGCGGCGGCCGCGGAGGUCCGACAGCCCCAGAGACUCCUACGGGCGAUCAUAUGGGAAACACAGACGCAGCAGGAGCCGUGAAAAUGACCGGUACAGGGCCCCCCAGCGUGAGCACCAGCGCCCCCAGGGACCCCCUUCCCACAGCCGCUCCAAGUCCCGCUCCCCAUCUCACUCCAGCUCAAAGCCCAAGAAGGAGCCUGUGGCCAAGUCCCAAACUAAAUCCCGCUCCAAGUCCCUCAGCCCCGCCCCUGAGGAAUUCGGCCUGGCCUCCCGGUCCCGCGAGUCACAGAAGGAGCCUGGCCCCCAUUCGCCAUCCCGCUCGCGCUCUCGCUCCCUCUCACGUUCCCGGUCCCGUUCCAGAUCCUGGGCGGGCCGUAAGUCUGGGGGGCGCUAGCAGUCCCGCCCGGCCCCGCCCUCAGUGUUUAGGUGGUUCGAUGCGGAGUAGCGGCUCCGAGCCAGACUUGCGGCGAGGUCCGGCCCGUACCCGAGCGCUUGCCUGGUCUCUAGGCGCUCCGCCUCGCCUGUCUCGUUCCCAUAUUUACCGCGGUGCGUCCAGAGGCUUUUCUGCUGAUGGCUCCUCAUGGAUGGAACUCCUCACUUGUUGACUUGGUGCCGUUCACCAACUAGUUUUUUUUUCUUUUUGACUAAUAUCUCAACUUGGCAGUUUAAGGCUUUUAGAAGUUUUUUUUUUAUUAUUAUGCAGUUGGUCCUUUUUUUUUUUUUUUUUUGAACGUUCUUUGACUUUUUUGAAUAUUGUUACGGUUCUCUGCUUCCAUUACCGUUAUUUCAGACCUCAAGUCUUCCACAUCUACGGUAUACAUAUUGUAAUCUAUAGAAAGUUUUACCUGGUUUUGUUACAUGAUAUAUAAACUUCCACUAGUCCCAUCCCCAGUGGUUUUCAUUCCUACCUUUUACUUUUGUGGAAAAAAUAUUCGAUGGUUCAGUUUAACCCAUUUGGUUGAUAGUGUAACGUCUUGGUUUUGUCCAUCUGUGCAUUUAAAGUGUGUAUUUACGCUUUUGAUUACAUGCAGUUGUGUUGAGCAGUGACAUACAUGUAUACUUCAUUGCUAUGAUGGUCAUGUGAUUUCUUUUAGUAAAGGUCCUUUGAGGAAAAACCUCGAUUCGCAGGAGUGUGUUAUCCAUACGAUGUGGUCACGGCAGAUUAAGAUUAAGAAUAAAAGAUGGGGCAGGACUGCAAGGGGGUGUAUCUCUAAAAAUAGGCCAGAGGCUGAUUCCCCAGGGAGGGGUGACCUGUAACAGGCUGGUAGCCUGGAGGCGGCUUCAGUUUCACAUGAGAAAGGCGGCACGUAGGGGUGAGGGGUGCAGUCCUUCCUAUGGGCCAGCUGAUAUGAAUCAAUCGAAGAGCCAUGGACUGAGCUGCACUCGGUAAUGGUAGGCGUGUGCGGAUGGCCGUGCUUAAGGACCAUAAGAUAUACUGCUGCUCGGUGAUCCGUAGGGCAUCAGCAUGUUCUGUGAUUGAUGGCUGAAAUGCACUGAGGGGGGUUUGGUCUCACCCCAACCGGUCUGAAGGCAGCAAGGAAACUUGGUUUGCAGUAGAACUGCGCUAUGGAUAAGCAGGUCUUAACAGUGCAGAAUGUGACUGUACAUGAUCCUAUGCUGGAGGCGAUCGCCCAAGCACAAAAAUGAAGCCUGCCAAGCAUUAACCUAAGGCAACACUAAGACUCAUAGAAAACGACCAGUGGCCUGUACUACGAAGCGGGGUUACUGGCUUAUUGAGGUAACUUACAUUUUGCCCAGACCUUAAAUCCGGUAAGUGAACGAAUAUGAAGUCCAUUUAAACUGUGGUACCUUAAAUCCGACAACUUACCCCGAUAAGCCAGUAACCCUGCUUUGUAGCACAGGCUGCAGGCCUGCCCCCAGGAGAGCAGUGUUAACAGUGAGGGUGGGUUAUUGCUAGUGAUGACAGUCUGUGACACGGCUGUUACGGCAUGAGCCAGUAGUACUCGUACAGUGCCGUGAUAUCCUCUUACUACAGGGGUGUCAAACUCCAGUCCUGGGGGGGAGGGGGGCUGUGUAGCUUAAUUCUUUCCUAUUCUACCACAAUUGAUUCAGCACAGAUGCGUUAAACGAGGGGAAACAAAAAACUGCAGGGCUCUGCCCCCCCCAGGACUGGAGUUUGACACCUCUACUCGCAUUUUCCUUCAUGUUGUUGAACUUUCCUUCAAUAAAUCGAACAAUUAUUUUAAAA